GGCUCAUUCGCGCCUUGGCUUCGAAGCGAGUCACACAAACGCACUGGCAGUCAUCUUCUAGCCUGAUACCGCAUACAGCUUUCCAUUUCUGUGGGGUGACUAGCCCGACACAGCCGCCACAAUGUGUGACAUGGGGGGACUUGAUAACUUGGUGGCCAACACGGCCUACCUAAAAGCCCAAGGGGGUGAUGACAAGGAAAUGAAGAAACGUCGCCGAAGUCUCUCUCUACCCAAGCCUGAACAAUGUGCGGCACUCAGGUCGACUCUGGACAAGGACUUUGAAUCCCUCUGCGAAAAGCAACCUAUCGGAAAAAGGUUUUUUCGCCAGUACCUGGAUCAAGCGGGGCCAGAGUGCAAUGCUGCUGCAGAAUUUCUGGAUGAUCUGAAUGAUUGGGAGCUGUCAGAGGCCGCUGCCAAAGACAAGGCCCGCACAAAUAUCAUCAAUAAGUUCUGCAAAGAUGGCUCCAAGAGCUUCCUCACCUUCCUGACUGGAGAUGUGGCAACCAAGUGCAAAGCGGUUACUGACAAAGACUUCGAGGAGGUGAUGGGGCAGGUGAAGGAGGCCACCAAAGAGUUCCUAAAAGGCAAGCCGUUUACAGAUUACCAGACAAGCGAAUUAUUUGAAAAGUUUUUGCAGUGGAAAGAGUACGAGAAACAGCCAAUCACUGAAAAGUACUUUUAUGAAUUCAGGACACUUGGAAAAGGCGGAUUUGGAGAGGUGUGUGCAGUGCAGGUUAAGAACACCGGCCAGAUGUAUGCCUGCAAGAAGCUCUGCAAGAAGCGCCUCAAGAAGAAACAUGGCGAGAAAAUGGCCCUGCUAGAGAAGAAGAUCUUGGAGAAGGUCAACAGUCUGUUCAUUGUCAGCCUGGCCUAUGCUUACGACACUAAGACCCAUCUCUGUCUGGUCAUGAGCUUGAUGAAUGGAGGUGACCUCAAGUAUCACAUCUAUAACAUUGGCGAGAAGGGUAUCGAAAUGGAACGGAUCGUCUAUUAUACAGCGCAGAUUACAACCGGGAUGCUUCACCUGCAUAACAUGGACAUUGUGUACCGUGACAUGAAGCCAGAGAAUGUGCUGUUAGAUAGCCAAGGCCAGUGCCGUCUUUCAGAUCUUGGUCUCGCUGUGGAGAUUCCUGUUGGAAAGACCACCACCCAGAAGGCUGGAACGGGUGCAUAUAUGGCACCUGAAAUCCUCACUGAAACCCCAUACAGGACAUCAGUGGAUUGGUGGGCUCUUGGUUGCAGUAUCUAUGAAAUGGUAGCUGGCUACACCCCGUUCAAAGGCCCUGAAGCUAAGAAGGAGAAAGUGGAGAAGGAGGAGGUACAGAGGCGCAUCAUUAACGAGGAACCUAAAUUUGAGCACAAGAACUUUAACGCCCCCACUAUAGACAUAAUCAAGCAGUUCCUCAAGAAGAAGGUUGAUGAACGUCUUGGCUGCAAGGGUGAUGAUCCAAGGAAGCAUGAGUGGUUCAAGUCCAUCAACUUUGCUCGUUUGGAGGCUGGCCUUAUCGAUCCACCCUGGGUGCCCAAACCCAACGUUGUCUAUGCAAAGGAUACAGGUGACAUUGCCGAGUUCUCUGAAAUCAAGGGUAUAGAGUUUGAUGCAAAGGAUGACAAGUUCUUCAAGGAGUUUAGCACGGGUGCUGUGUCCAUUGCCUGGCAAAAGGAGAUGAUUGACACUGGACUCUUUGAUGAGCUCAACGACCCCAACCGGAAAGAAUCAUCCGGUGGUUUAGAUGGUGAUAAGAAAUCAGGCACUUGCACGCUUCUGUGAGAGGACCAAUCCAGCCACCCCAGCAAAUGCUUUCAAUGGCAUCACUAAUAUGAAUGAAACUGUGCUCUGUUUCGAAGAAGAGUGGACCGUGACAACAGAGUUGGGACAUUAGUCCAUUGUAGCAUAGAAGGAGAUUCUUAUUGCUUCAGCUGCACAGCCACAUGGUCUGAGAAACACUCUAGACCACCCAUGAUGUGGUGGACUGAGCUUUGGACCAGUCAGGAAAGGUCUUCUCUGCAGUUCCUUUAUGUCUCGUGAAGUAGUCAACCUCCUAUCCAACAGGGGGAGCAAGUAAAAGUACUAUUCCCAAUUGAGAAGAUGCUAGAAGAGUAGAAGACUACAAGCCACCUAAAGAUUGUUAUGUAACAAUAGCGACUCAGUGUAAUCGGCAGCAGUUUGUGAUCAGAAGGCAGAGAUGCGUUGAUAUGCAAAGUGGAGUCAUACCUAAAAAGCAGCAGCUUGUGUUUCAAACAUCUCCUGCCUUUGCCAAAUCACAGUUUAUUUUGUGGAUUAGUUCACUGUGUGCUAGUACACAAUUGGCAUCUACUGUACACAUACUCUUUGUAAGACUUUAAGAGGCUACUGAAGGUCAGGCCCAGAUGGAAUCUGCGGAAUUCGUUCUCGUUGUUUGAAUUUGGAAUUCUGUGGCAUGUUCUACAAGCUUACAGGUAGCUGAAAGCUAAAUUAAUUGAGCCAGAGUUCCUCUAUCCACCAAUCGAUCAACCAUUUGUCCUAGGGUUGCUUGUGCCUGUCCCAGCAUCUCAAGCGGGACAGGGAAAUGGCUAGUCCAUCACAGGGUCAAAUUUGUGAAAAUGUGUAACAAAAUAAUUGUGAAGGAUGCAAAAAUGUUCUAAUGGUGGGUGCUCCAAUUUCACAGAUUCCAUGUGGGCCUGAAACAUCUACAUGCUAACAAAGUGCAUUUGAAUGUAAUUGCUUAACAGAGCUCUGACGAUCUCUGUUGUAGAGAAUGUCGCACUAAUUAUAAACUCAUGACCUCCACGUUUGUGAUCUUUGAUAGCAGUGCUUUUCUGAUUCUGCACCUUGUGUGUAUAAAUAUGUACAUAUAAAUAUGAAUAAAUCAACAUAUAUUAUUAGCUCUGAAAUGAAAUGAAAUCAGAGCUUGCUUGUUUAGCAUUUAAAGGUAAUUCCAUUUGUGUUUCGUUCUCAUGUCCCAUCAUAACAGAGUGGUAAAUGUCUACACAGUAGACAGCCUUCCUUUACAGAUAACUUCAGCUGAAAGAGGUCAGUCCUCAAGGGCACAGAUAGUGGGCUUUGGCACGGAUUCGUCUUCUAAAUCCUCACCAGUCGCACGAUGUAACCAAGGUGUAGGUUAUGCCCUCUUCCAGUCUUGAGUGGUGUUGCUUCUAUGAUGAUGAGCAACAGCAAACAAUUGUUAUUGUGACAUAAAGUGGAACAAACUACCUGUCUGCAAAUGAAUUAUUUGUUCUGUGUCUUUUUGAGGCAAGUAAUAAUGACAGGAUGUUAUUUUAUAUAAGGUUUAGAGAUUUCAGAUAUUCAACAGGGGCAUGUAUUCAAAAUGGGUCAAUAAAAAGUUUAUUUCUUUUACA